ACGAUAAAAACUAAUAUUUAUUCUCAUUCCACCCGACCCUAAACUAUAUUUUGUGUGAACUAUGGAACGCUGGAAGUUGUUAAUUUUAAUCCUUUACCAUGUUUUACCCACAAAUGGCCAAAUUAUGGACAUGAUGAAACCAAAAACAGUCAGAGUCCACAAACUCGAAACAUGCCCCGGCCACGAAAAAGCCCCCUUGAUCAUCAAAAACGUCCAAUUAUCGUACGCCAAUCGGGUUAAUUUAAUUUCUCUACAAACUGUAGUUCGAGAAACGGUUCCUGAGGACAUAAAGCUAAAACUAGUCCUCAAGCGAUGCAAAUCGCGGGAGGCUUUGGAUUCGUGCGAAAAGUACCAGAACAUCAACAUGAACCACUUGUGUGGAAUGUUGAAUGGUCUCCUCUUCUCAAAACUUCCGAACCUCCUUUUGCCUGUCCCUUUAAAAAGGGCGUUUACAAUUUUAGAAAUGGUACUUUUGAUGGGUCCGCCUUUGGGCAUUUGCCCGUUUCUGGGUGGUACUGGAUCGUGACUGCCAUGCUUUUAGGCGAAAAGUCCGAGCGAACGCUGGCUUGUGUCAAUUUUGAGGGGCAGUUAGUCACAGCUUGAAGCGAACAAUAAAUUGUGCAUUUUA